CCUCCUUAUUGGAAUACACAAAUGGGAGUGACUUGAAUUGGAGCAUGCUGACCGUAGUACCCUUGUUGGGAGGAGCGGUUUGUUUCCAUCUGUCUUGGCUGCUUUAUGAUGUGUUGUGCCACCUGUAUAUAGACUGGGUGCAAGGCCUCGAGCAAAUUUUCACAAUUUUAGAGAGUCUAAAAUAUGAUUCUUUUCCCAAUAACUUGCCUCUGUGAUUAAUUGAAGAACUUGACUGCACUUCUUUUUUCUUUAUUCCCUGAAGAAUUACUGCCCCUUCACUACCCCUUUUUCUAUAGUGACACUAAAACUGAAUUACGUGCCUCAAAACAAGUUUAAUAUGUAUUUCACGCUCCAUGUCAUUAAAUGGUAUCUUGUCAUGUCCGCUAGAGCACGUGGAAAACCCUUAUGAAGCAUGCUUGCAAUGGUUUCACUGGUUUCUCAUAAUACUUGCCAAAAGGAAAAGAAACUCGAAGAGGGAUAGAAAAGGAGGACUAUUUGGAUGCUUCUACUUUCUUCAAUUAAUGUAACAAAGUUAAAUUUGAAGGGCCUAGAAGGAAGGUGCUCCCAACAUCAAGGACUUUUUCCACACAAUUUAGUAGUAAAGGCACACACUUGAAUGUGGAGUCAAAAGGCGUGGACAACAGGAAAUGAAAAUUAAGGAACAAGAAAAUAUGCUCUUUACACCUCAUUUAUUUAGUCAAGUCUCUAAUGUUGGGAGUCUAAAGAGAGCUUGUAUCCCACAUAGCAUGAUACUCGAGGUUGAUUUAUGUGCUUACAAGGUCUUUCCAUUCAUUAUCAAUUGAUUUUAGGUUGGAUGCUCUAACGUGGUAUGGGAGUCCAGCCUUAGGUGAUCAGUGGGCCAAGUUCCUUACCCAUUUGAAUUUCCUGGUAUGCAUGUUUGUUUGUUUACUUGAUAGCCCCACGUGUGCGUCCAGGUGCCUAAGGGGUUGGUGUAAAAAACCUAUAUUUCAUAUCGAAUGAUUAGGGCGACGCAAGGUUUGUUCCUCUCCAAUCAUUGACAGUUGGUUUUGGUUGGAUGCUAUAAUAGGGAGCACCUUCCUUAUAGGGUGUAAAAUUUUGCAAAACCUAACUUAUUAGUCUGCUCGAAGAAUGUACACAUUAGGAUACUAAUUAGGACUGCAACACACUUGUGGAAAUGAUGUGUCAUCAUAUUGCUGUCUUGACAAAAAAAAAUGAGAAAAUAAAAAAGAGAAUCAAUUGCUGCAAAUGAGUAAUUUGGGUCACUCUAGCCACAAGGAACCUAACCCUCUAACCUUCCCAACUAUUAGCUAAUAAGAGCUUUAGCUGCUAUGCAUAGUAAUGAAAAUAUGCUUUCAUUAUGCCUCUAUACCUCUAGAAACAACAGGAUGACUUUUCAAUUAAUCUGGAAAAUGAUUAUUAAGAAAUGCACCAAUAGCAUCCAAUUCAGUUUGCCCUAAUGCCUAUUCCUUCUGUGUACAAUUAAAGUUGACUUCACAUGGUUUUAUGCAUUCCCUAUCUUCAAAGCUUAAUUAUGUUAUUCCCUGAAAUCUGAAAAAUCUCUUGCCAUUUUUCUAACCUUAUUCUUGUCCUCAUUUUCAUUGUUCAGGUGUUGCAAAUUCGUGCAAGUGUGGAUUUAUGUAAUUAUCAUACAUAUAUAAUUUGAAUCCUGGUCACACAAAUUAAACUUCUUCAAGUUUAUUCAAUUUCUGAAUUUCCUGGAAAUCAGAACAACUAAUGUAUUUGCUUUAUCAUUUGGUGGGAUGAACGUCACAUUAAAUCUUUUUGUAGCUUAUAGGGCUCGUUUGUAUGAAUUUUUAGGGAGGAUUUGGAUUGGCUUCCCUAUACCCUUUCAAACCCAAAUCCCUCCUUACAAAAAUGGGAUUCAAUAUUAAAUCCAGUCCAUAACCAUGUUUGGUAUGCAACAUACACAUCUAGGACCCACGUAUAUAUCACAAUUAUUAACAACCAUUUGUUUUAUAAAUGACUCUGUUGCUCCUUGGUCAAUCAAAUCCAUACCCAUGUCUGUUUAUGUACAUUUUCUUGUGUCCUUUUGGAUAUCAUAUUUGAUUUUUUUUUCCUUCCUAACUUAUGAAAUAAAACAUGAAUAUUGAUAAAAUAUAACUAGAAAAAAAGCUAUCAAGACAACUUUCAACUCCUAUAACAAAAUUUAUAUUAAGGAAUGGGAACAUUUAAGCAAGAUUAAAUGGAUAAUGUUCUAAGAGGUAUAAUUGUCUUUUACCAUCCUUGACCCGUUAACCCUCUUCUAAACUCUCCAGUUUGACGAAAUCCAUGUUCAUGGGUUUCAGUCUCCGAGCUAGCUGCGGGAUGGGCUUGGUAACCCAAGCUUGAAAAUUGAACCCAAACAUGGGGUUUGGGGGUCCUAUGGACUAUUUUCCUUGAACCCUGGACACAAUCCCUGUGAAACCCACAAAACAAACAAGCCCAUAGUGCACUCGGAGAAUAGAUUCCCCCCCUCCUUCCCUUCUCCUAAAAAGCACACACAAAGCUAGGAUUUGGAGGGUGCACACAAUGGCCCAAACCCUCCUCUAAGAUGUGUUAUAUUUUAUUUGUUAUUCUCAUUUCUUGCAUAAAUCUUAUUUCUCUUGACAUGCAUGACAUUUAACUUGACUGAAAUUUUCACCUUGCUGCAUUCCUUUGAAUAUUGGAUAGAAAUUUAGCUUGCUUGAAUUUAUCCAUCGUUGCAGUGGUUGAUUUUUGAAACUAGGAGUGGUGAUUAGUUAUUUGAUACAUCAACCCAGUCCUUUAUGAUCCAUUUAGAUAAUCCAGUUGAAUUUGCAUAUCUGGACUUAGUAGGUUUUCAUUAUUAACCAUGAAGGCUCUUCAUAAACAGGUCAGAUUUGAGUUAUGUUCUAUGCCAAAAAGCAUAUGUAUCCGCUAUUAGUACAUUUUCUUAUUUCAUGUUUGCUUUCUUUAGUUGCAUUUUUCGGUUGUAAAAUAAAGAUUAUUUCAACUUUGGAGGUAUAUGCAAAUGACCUAAAACUCUUCACCCAUGCUCCACAUAAAAGAUUUGUGCGCUGAUUCUUUUGUAUGAAACCAAAUUUUAUUAAUAAAUAUGAUCAAGUAUUACAAAAUCCGAGCAAAGGUGGACAAGCCGUCCAACUCCAACUCCAUAAAAGCUGGUCCAACUCUAUAAAAAGGGACAUUUGCCAACACAAUAGCACAACUGAUGUGGCCGGCUUUCUUAAUUCCUUCCUUAUUUCAAUUUUUGCUAUUGCUAAUUUAACAUUCCAUCUAAUCUUUAGCCUUCCUUAAGGCUUAGACUAUUUGAUUCUAAGGCUUUUCUUUGAACUUUUAUCAUAGCUCUACCCAAACUUUAAUUUCUUAAAUAAAACUGUAUCUUAUCAACAUCUUCAAUAAAAUUGUACUUUCAACAAAAGCAUAAAAGAUAAAUAUCUUGGAUUCAUUUAGUAAACUCUUGCGGAAAUAUGGGGAAAAAAAUUAAAAUGCUUUGUGCUAACCUGUGAUGAAAACCAUUAUUAUUAGUAGGAAAGCCCGGCCUGCUUUUGCUAUUGUUUUUCGGUCUAUAACUAGUCUGUAUUUGCUUUGCCGAGCUUUUGAAACGUAAUUAUAGGUGGUUUUGUAUAUAGGGGUACUUGAAACAGUAAAUGUUCUUUUUCAUCUGUUAGAAACCUGAUUUAAUAUUCGGCUCAUGGAUGAUUUUGUUAUACUGCAUUAGCAUAUAAAUUCUAGAAAUCAAGGAGAACUUCCCCCUUUCUUUCUCCCCUUUUUUUUGAUAUAUCAGGGGUUUUCCAUUGGUUGCAGGUCGAACCCCUAACACAAAGAGGUUGAAUUUGGAGGCUGUAGGUGUUGAGCUUGACAGGACAGGAGCGGCGAAGGUUGACGAGUAUUCACGCACCAACAUACCUAGCAUAUGGGCGAUUGGUGAUGUUACAAAUCGCAUGAAUCUUACUCCAGUGGCCUUAAUGGAAGGAUCCUGUUUCGCGAAAUCUGUUUUUGGUGGACAGCCUACUAAACCUGACUACAGUAAUGUACCUUGUGCAGUGUUCUGCAUACCGCCUCUUUCUGUGGUUGGACUCAGUGAAGAACAGGCUAUAGAGCAGGCAAAAGGUGAUAUCUUGGUUUUCACAUCAACAUUUAAUCCUAUGAAGAACACCAUCUCAGGCAUACCGCCUCUUUCUGUGGUUGGACUCAGUGAAGAACAGGCUAUAGAGCAGGCAAAAGGUGAUAUCUUGGUUUUCACAUCAACAUUUAAUCCUAUGAAGAACACCAUCUCAGGACGGCAAGAGAAGACAGUUAUGAAGCUUGUUAUUGAUGCUGAGACAGAUAAAGUUCUUGGUGCAUCCAUGUGUGGGCCAGAUGCAGCUGAGAUUAUGCAGGGCAUUGCCAUUGCACUCAAGUGUGGAGCAACCAAGGCACACUUUGACAGCACGGUGGGCAUUCACCCUUCUGCCGCAGAAGAGUUUGUGACGAUGCGGUCAGUGACAAGGCGGAUUGCUGCUGCUAAACCUAAGACAAAUCUCUAG